GUAUGUGAGUGUGUGCUGCCAGGUGUAUGUGUUUGUGUUGGCAGGUAUGAGAGUGUGUGCUGCCAGGUGUAUGUGUUUGUGUUGGCAGGUAUGUGAGUGUGUGCUGCCAGGUGUAUGUGUUUGUGUUGGCAGGUAUGAGAGUGUGUGCUGCCAGGUGUAUGUGUUUGUGUUGGCAG